CUGUCCGAAGCACACCUCACGGCACGGCUGACGGGCCUUUCCGUUCCGCCGCUCGCAUUCUCCCAACCCUCACCAACGGCUAAAUGCUUGGAGGUAUAUCGUCGAACACCUGACUUGCGUUGCGUGACAGCGCACCCCGAGACCCCGAUAAGAUGUGGCGGCUCUCUUCGGCCGCGGCGCUCCUCCGACGCUCGCUCGCCGCCACCGCGCGCCUCUCCGUUCCGCCCACUGCACGCACUAAUUCACCCAUGGCUGUGCGUUGCCUACAACAGUGUGGUUCAGAUAACACCGACGAUGACAGGGUCAUUCAGGCGUUUAAGCGGUGCUGCUCAACCAGUGCAAGCAGUGGUGUUUCAGAUGCAUCACCAUGUGCUGCUUAUGUCGAGAACCUCUGCAGAUCUGGCAAUCUUGUUGAUGCUGUUCGUGUUCUUCGACAUCUGCAUGACGAGCAGAUCCAUGUCGGCCUGCACACCUUUAAUAUGUUACUGCAACACACAGCUGAAGCAAACAUCUUUACUCUUUUUGCCAAGGUAUUCAGGUACCUGCUGCUUUCAGAACUUACUCCUGAUUCAACUUCAUAUAUGAAUGUUGCAUUGGCCCUCCAGAAGUUGGAUGACUGUGAAAUGAUACUCAAAUUUGUAAGAGAAAUUUUGGAAAUCACACACUCUAGAGAUGCUACAGUUAUGAAUCGCAUUAUCUUUGCCACAGCCAAAUACGGACACAUUGAUAAAAGUUUGGUCAUUUUCGAAGAGUUGAAGAAAUAUGAAACCAGCUUGGAUGUUGUCACGUUCAACACUGUUUUGGACAUGCUAGGGAAAGCUGGACGGGUGGACCAAAUGCUUGGUGAGGUGAAGCUAAUGGAAAAACUUAGGCAUUUUCCUGACAUUGUGACAUACAAUACACUAAUAAACUGCAUGCGAAGGCUUGGUAGACUAGAUUUGUGCAAAAGGUUUGCUUUGGAAAUGGUAGAGAGAGGCAUCACUCCAGAUUUGAGGACAUAUACUGCACUAAUUGAUAGUUUUGGACGGUCUGGCCAUAUUACUGAAGCCCUGGAAAUGUUUCACGAGAUGAAAAAGUCGCACCAACCUUCAGUUUAUGUCUACCGUGCAUUGACAAGCAACUUGAAAAAGGCUGGACAUUUUGAACUAGCACAAAAGCUCACCGAGGAUAUGAAUUCAAGUGCUUCAGAGUUAAUAGGCCCAGAAGAUUUCAAGCCAAAUAAUAAGGGUAUAAGGUUUAGAAAAAAUGGCUAAGAGGUCACUGGUUGAUUUUUGAGGCCUGAAUUCUUUUUAUUUGCGCUAUGUGCUCACCCGUAGUCCCAUACUGCUAUAGAUUCUGGCGUUGGUUGGAAUGUUUUGGAGAAUGAAGCUCAAAGAAUUAGAGAGAUACAAAGCUUUAAGAUGGCAGAAGCAUGAUGGUUAGGCAGACAUGCAGUGAUACAGGGUCAAGAGGACCUACUGACCUGAAUGGGCAUUUUUGCUGCAUCAUUUUAAGCAGCUCACGAGUCACGAGAAAUUUGAAGACUCACCCAUUUAGACGACCUGAAAGGCUGCAUCUGUGACUCAUUGAUCGCUUUAUGUAACAUAGGCACACUGCAGGAUUUGGCUGUGUGCCUGUGACAUAGGCGAAUAUCAUGCUAGGCAGAAACAUGAAAAACUACUGCUUCUGCAAUUAGUUUUUUUCCUGUGAAUCUUUAGGCAUGAAAAGGGACAAGUUUCCAUAUUUUCUCCGUUUCUUUACCCUUGUAAUCAGAGAGUGUAUAACGUACUAUGAGUUGACGAAGUUCAAUUUAUUAUCUUAGCUAUUCGAUCGUACUAUGUACUCCCUCUGUCCGAAAAUAAAAUUUGUUUUAGAGAUUUAUUGAAUUCACACAA